GUCAACAUGCUUUUCCAUGUAAGCGCGCCUUUAUCUUUUCCGACCAACUCAUUGGGCUCACUUGGUAAACAACAACAAAACGGUGCGCGUGCCUAGCGGUUGGAGUUUGUUUCGUUUCGCUCGCUGUCGCUUCAAAAUGCGUCCCAAGCACUGUCGAAUAUGUUACAAACCGGAUAACGACGAUCUGAUCUCGGUGCGGCUAAAGCAGGACGAUGUUUCCAUCGAGGAGAUGAUUCUGUCCCUCACCGGCAUCUCCGUGACGUGCGAUCGUCGUUUGCCGCAAAACAUUUGCCUCGAUUGCUUGGAUCGGUUGAAGGUGGCGUACGGGCUUCGGCAGCAGUGCAUCCGGACGAACGAUUGGCUGUGCGAGGAGCUGUUAGAAUCCAAAACGGAUGUUAAGGUGCAAUGUAAAGCAGAAACGACAGAUGCACCUCACUCCAAAGAACCGUCAGAGGUGGAUAAUGGAGAUGAAGAAAUGGUACCGAAAGCGAUCGCCAUUGAAGUCUCCGAUUUACCUGGAGAAGAAAAUGGACAAGCAUCAAGUAAUGAGCGUGGGCAGUCAGACCAUAGCGAUGACGAGUGUAACGCUUCUCACGAUAAUAUCGAUGGACAAACGGAAAGCGAAACUGCAGAAUGUCUCGAAAUGGUGGAAGAACUUGAAGAAGAAGCAUCUUCUCUCCAGCAGCUUGAGAUAGAGAUUGAUACCGGAGAAAACGAAUGCGAUACAAAAGAGGUCUACCUGCUGUCAGAAUCAAGCUCCAGCGAGGAAGAACUGAGGAUAGAAAUGAUUCCAAGCGAAGAAUCGACCGUUGACGUCGAGAUGGAUUUAGACGAUGUUACUACCGAAGAGCAGAACGAUGAGGAGUGGGAGCAACAAACGACUGAAAACUCGCCCCAGCAAGCACAAACAACGAAUCUACAGCGAGCAAUGUGUCGUAUUUCGGAGCCCAAUUUACACACACUCUCAGUGGAACAGGGAUACUCCAUCGUGGAACUGCGCCAUCACCGUUGCUGCUGCUGUACGGAUUUUUUCCCCUCCGAGGAAGAGCUCAGCGAGCAUUUGCAGAGACGGGGAAGUAGCGCGGAUGCAAAGAGUCAACCCGACCCUACCGCCCGGUACGUUUGUGAGUACUGUGGCAAACAGUUUAAGCUUUGGUUGGUCUACAUCUGCCACAAGCGUUUGCGAGAACAGCGUCAGUUUUACCAAUGCCAACUGUGCCUCGUGCUGCUCGACUCGGCCACGCGCAUGAUAUCGCACAUGCUCAUGUCGGAACAGCACGCAAACUAUUUCAAACUACCGCGGGAAAGUAUCGCAGAUCGGUAUACAUCGAUCGCACUGCCCGGGGAACGUUGCUGCUGCUGUAAGAAGUAUUUCGAUCGGAGCGAAAAACGGCUCGAGCACGUGCAGCUUGCGCAUCGCUCAAGUGCGCACGAUGCGGCGAGCAAUCUACCCUACGUUUGCGAUGCGUGUGGUCGAAAAUUUAGAAGUAAGGAGCGGCUGAACGACCAUCUCCAGUACACGGUGGACGUUAGGCAGCAUUACUGCAAGCAGUGCGACUUUCAAACGUUCAACCCGAGACGCAUGGAGCUGCACCUGUACAGUGGCAUUCAUCGGGAAAUGGGGCUGCCGGCGGCAAUCGAGCUAAAGCCUCUCAAAAACAGCUUACCGAAGGGAGGCCGGUUGCAGUACUGUUGCUUCCAGGGAUGUGGCAAACCAUUCCCCCACCAGGAAGCGUUGCAGCAACACAUUCAAGCGGAACAUCUGCAAACGCUAGCGGACCAGAAGGCUGAAGCGGGCCGCAUUAGCAGGGUGAUAAAUCCGGAACAUUGUCACGAAUGCAUCAAUUGCGGUGUAAUAUUUAAAAGUGCGUCUGCGCUGCACGCCCACCAAACGACCGCAACGCAACGCAACCGCCAAGCGUACGUCUGCUCCGUGUGUGGUGUGCGCAAGCGAACCCGCACCGAUCUGGCCGUGCACGAGCGGGCGGCACACACCGGCGAACGACCCUUCGCGUGCGAACACUGCGACAAAACGUUUGCGUCGAAGAAAACGCUCGCAUCGCACCGGCUCUGCCACACGCCCGGACAGUAUGCGUGCGAACUGUGCGGGGGGAAGUUCAACCGCAAGGAGCAUCUGACCCGCCAUACCCUGCUGAAGCACGGGACGGCCACCAUUCCGUGCGAGGUGUGCGGGAAAAUGUUUAAAACCCGCGCCACGCUAACCAACCACAUGGUGUCGCAUACGGGCGAGAAGCGGUUCCAGUGCCGGAUGGAGGGGUGCGACAAGCGGUACGGGACGGUGGGCGAUCGGCGCCGGCACGAGAUGUCGGUCCACACGCAGGAACGGCCCCAUCCGUGCGUGUACUGCGACGCAACGUUCGUGCGGAAGCGCCAGCUGACGAUACACGAGCGGCGGCACAGGGGCGAGAAGCCGUUCGUGUGUCCGGACUGUGGGAAGGACUUCAUCGAUGGGUAUCCGCUGCGGGUGCACCGACGGGGCGGGUGUAAGGGCAAGCUCUGAGCUGUGCUU